GUCAGGCAUAUCGUGUGGGUGCAUAGUGAGAAGGUCCUGAGCGGUAAAACCUAAGGCUACUAAUCGAUGUUUGUUUUGCUACAGCUAGCAGUAUGCCUGCUGAACGUAAGCGCUCGGUAAACAUGGACGAAAAGGAAGUGUGCUCCUUCACUAACAAGGACAAAGAGAAGGACAGAGAUGGCGAGAGGCGGCCAGCGUCUGCCCGAGACAAAGCAAAAGACGAGGCCAAAAUGAGUGGUAAAAAAGACGGCAGCAAGGAGGAGAAGAGGAAGCGGCUGGAGGAGGAAAAGAAGAAGAAAGAGGAGAAGGAGCGAAGAAAGAAAGAGGAGGAAAAACAGAAAGCGGAGGAGGAACAGAAGAAGAAGGAGGAGGAAGAGAAGAGACAGCAGGAGGAGGAGGAGAGGAAACUUCAAGAGGAGGAGGCCAGAAGAUUACGUGAGGAGGAGGCUGCUCUCCUGAAGGAAAAGGAGGAGGGGCAUCAGCUGCACCAGGAGGCCUGGGAGCGUCAUCACUGCCGGAAGGUACUCCGCAGCAAGAACCAAUGCGCCCAAGAGGGUCGGCCUGAAGAGGCCUUUUUCAGCCGCCUGGACUCCAGCCUCAAAAAGAACACGGCCUUCGUCAAGAAGCUGCGCACACUCACUGAACAGCAGCGGGAUUCACUCUCCAAUGACUUUGGCUCCCUGAACCUCAGCAAGUACAUCGGCGAGGCUGUGAGCUCUGUCGUGGAGGCCAAGCUGAAGAUCUCUGAUGUCGGCUGCUCUGUCCAUCUGUGUUCCCUCUUCCACCUGCGCUACUCAGAGUUUGCUCCAUUACUGUUGCAGGCGUGGAAGAAGCACUUUGAAGCAAGGAAAGAGGAAAAGGCGCCCAAUGUGAGCAAGCUGCGCACAGAUCUGCGCUUUAUUGCCGAGCUCACCAUCGUGGGCCUCUUCACGGACAAAGAGGGUCUCUCGCUCAUUUAUGAGCAGCUGAAGAGCAUCAUUGGGACCGACCGGGAUUCGCACACUCACGUGUCGGUGGUCAUCAGUUUCUGUAAGCACUGUGGGGAUGACAUCGCUGGUCUGGUGUCCCGCAAGGUGAAAGCUGCUUCUGAGAAGUUCGUCUUGUCCUUCCCUCCGAGUGAGAUAAUCAACACAGAGAAACAGCAGACCUUCCAGAACCUUCUACGAGAGUACUUUACGUCACUCACCAAACACCUGAAGAAGGACCACCGCGAGCUGCAGAACAUUGAGAGGCAGAACAGGCGUAUCCUACAUUCCAAAGGGGAGCUGAGUGAGGACAGGCACAAGCAGUAUGAAGAGUUUGCCACUUCCUACCAGAAGCUGCUGGCCAACACUCAGUCCCUGGCUGAUCUCCUCGAUGAGAACAUGCCAGAUCUGCCUCAGGACAAGACUGUGCAGGAGGAGCACGGUCCUGGCAUUGAUAUCUUCACCCCUGGUAAGCCUGGAGAGUACGACCUGGAAGGAGGGAUCUGGGAAGAUGAAGAUGCUCGAAACUUCUAUGAGAACAUGGUGGACCUGAAGGCCUUCGUCCCUGCCAUCCUCUUCAAGGACAACGAGAAGAGCAACCAGGGCAAAGAGAAGGAUGAGGCCAAAGAUGGGAAAGAAGGGAAGGACACGACCACCACUACGGAGGAACUGGAGCUGGAGCUGGAGGCUCUGGACAUCACGGACGAACCUCUUGAACUGGAGGGAGCAGACGAGGUGGAAAACGAGGAACUGACCAAAAAACUGCUGGAUGAGCAAGAGCAAGAGGAUGAGGAGGCCAACACAGGAUCCCACUUGAAGCUUAUUGUGGACGCCUUCAUCCAGCAGCUCCCCAACUGUGUGAACAGAGACCUCAUAGAUAAGGCUGCCAUGGACUUCUGCAUGAAUAUGAACACCAAGUCUAACCGGAGGAAACUUGUCCGAGCCCUUUUCACUGUCCCCAGGCAGAGGUUGGAUCUGCUCCCUUUCUACUCUCGGCUGGUGGCAACUCUUCACCCCUGCAUGUCCGAUGUGGCUGAGGACCUCUGCUCCAUGUUGAAGGGAGACUUCAGGUUUCACAUCCGGAAGAAGGACCAGAUCAACAUUGAGACCAAAAAUAAAACUGUCAGAUUCAUCGGGGAACUGGCCAAAUUCAAGAUGUUCACAAAAACGGACACGCUUCAUUGUCUCAAGAUGCUGCUGUCUGAUUUCACCCAUCACCACAUCGAGAUGGCCUGCACUCUGCUGGAGACCAGCGGCCGCUUCCUCUUCAGAUCCCCCGACUCUCACCUGCGUACCAGCGUCCUGCUGGAGCAAAUGAUGCGCAAAAAGCAGGCUCAGCAUCUGGAUGCCCGCUACGUGACGAUGGUGGAGAACGCCUACUACUACUGCAACCCCCCACCCAUGGAGAAGACGGUGAAGAAGAAGAGGCCGCCGCUGCACGAGUACAUCCGCAAGCUCCUCUACAAGGACCUGUCCAAGGUCACCACUGAGAAGGUGCUGAGGCAGAUGCGCAAGCUGCCGUGGCAGGACCCAGAUGUGAAGCGCUACCUGAUCUGCUGCAUGGUCAACAUCUGGAACGUCAAGUACAACAGCAUCCACUGUGUGGCCAACCUGCUGGCCGGCCUAGUGGCCUACCAGGAGGACGUGGGGAUUCACGUGGUGGACGGAGUCCUGGAGGACAUCCGUCUGGGCAUGGAGGUCAACCAGCCCAAGUUCAACCAGCGGCGCAUCAGCAGCGCCAAGUUCCUGGGCGAGCUCUAUAACUACCGCAUGGUGGAGUCGGCCGUCAUUUUCCGCACCCUCUUCUCCUUCAUCUUCUUCGGGGUGAAUCCGGACGGCAGCCCCAGCCUCCUGGACCCUCCGGAGCACCUGUUCCGCUUCCGUAUGGUCUGCACCCUGCUCGACACGUGCGGCCAGUACUUCGACCGAGGCUCCAGCAAGAGGAAGCUGGACUGUUUCCUCAUCUACUUCCAGCGAUACAUCUGGUGGAAGAAGAGCGUGGAUGUCUGGACGCGUGAUCACCCGUUCCCCAUCGACAUCGACUACAUGAUCAGCGACACCCUGGAGCUGCUCAGGCCCAAGAUGAGGAUCAGCUGCUCGCUGGAGGAGGCCACCAAGCAGGUCGCCGACCUGGAGAGGGAGGUGCUCGUAAAACUAGGUCUGGACAUGGAGAAGGACGGUCGCUCCAGCGCCAUGAGCGAAGGGGAGGGCCUGGACGAGGAAGACGAUGACGGCGAUGAUGACGAAGAGGGAGGCGCAGAGACCGAGGAGCAGUCGGGCAACGAGAGCGAAACUAACGAGCAGGAGGAGGAUGAUGGGUCCGAGAACGAAGAAGAGGAGAGGGAGGAAGAGGAGGAAGAGAACACAGACUACCUAACUGACUCCACUAAAGAAAACGAGACUGAUGAGGAGAACAAUGAGGUGACCCUCCGCGGCGGUGGACUGAAGCACGUGGCCUGUGCUGAGGACGAGGACUUCAUUCAGGCUCUGGAUAAGAUGAUGCUGGAGAACCUGCAGCAGCGGAGCGGCGAGGCGGUGAAGGUGCACCAGCUGGACGUGGCCAUUCCUCUGCAGCUGAAGAGUCAGCUGAAGAAGGGCAACACCGGGCCACCGUGCAUCGCGGAGGGAGACGCGGACAUCUCGGACACCAUGCAGUUUGUGAUGCUGACACGCAAGGGCAACAAGCAGCAGUAUAAGAUCCUGAACGUGCCGCUGUCAUCACACCUGGCGGCGAACCACUUCAACCAGCAGCAGGCCGAACAGGAGGAGCGCAUGAGGAUGAAGAAACUCACCCUGGACAUCAACGAGAGACAGGAGCAGGAGGACUACCAGGAGAUGAUGCAGUCCCUGGCUCAGCGUCCGGCUCAGGCCAACACCAACCGGGAGCGCCGGCCUCGGUACCAGCACCCGAAAGGCGCUCCCAACGCCGACCUCAUCUUCAAGACGGGAGGAAGGAGACGCUGAUAGGAGUCUGGGCCCAGGCUGAGCGAGCAAGAGAGCAAGUGAAUAAGCGUGCGAGAGAGAAAGAGAAGAUCGGAGGGGAAACCGGUCGAAGAUGAGGAACGAGUCCUCCAGACGCCCACUGAUGAUGCCGGGACAGACCAAACCGCUGACCCCGAACACACACACCCGCAGCCCGAGGAGGAGAGACGCAACCAGGAGCCUGGGGUCAGAGGUCACGGGUCAGAAAGACGUCUCUCUUUUCCUUUUUUUGUCUGUUGCCUGAGAUGACAAAAAAAAAUCCCUCCACUGUCCGGACCAACUACGACGACGACUGAGCACCUGACCGUGCGGCCGAUGGCGAGACGGGACGGGGAAGCGGGACAAAAGGAUCAACACCCGCCGUCGCAACAGUUGGAGGAAAACGUGACUCAUGUUAACGAGUUUAAAAACCUGCGAAAUUUACACGAUACAAGAAAAGGAUACUGAUCCUCUUUUUUUUUUUCCUUCCUUAUUUGUUUUUUGGAACCCGGGAACACGUCUGUUUGGUCUAAUUUUUUUUGACAAACUGUCGAAGGCAGCUCUGCGACGGGGACGAGGGACGGGGGACGGGGGACGGGGGCGGCGAGGUUCGAACGCUGGUGGCGUGUUCACAGACAGUUUGCACAGUGACGCAGAGGAAGACGUUGAUGUGUUGCACAAAGACAAAUGGAUGGAUUUCAUGUUCUAGAGGCGUGUGUUGAUUCAGAGUCGUGCGAUACCCAAGCUGGAAAAGUUCAAUGAUUGAUUCAUCUGUGGAUUAUUUUGUUAAUAAUAAUUUUUGAAGCAAUCAACAGAUUAAAACCUCAAAAAAAAUCAAGUCAACUGCAAAAGAAAAUGGAGAAAAGCUGCAAAACGUCUUAUUUGAGAAGUUUAACCUGCAAAUAAUCAUCCAUCAAAACAGUAGAAAAUUAUGUUUCUGAACUUCCACAAUUUCACAAUUAUGUCCUGGAACAUAAAUUCAUUUUCUGUCAAUAGACUAAUUGAUUAAUCAUUGAACGGUUGCAGGUUUAAGUUUUCACCAGCACUAAACAACUGGAACAUCUUGAACACCUGAUUUCAUGGAUUUGUAAUUUCUUGGGAGACGGGAACACGAGAGAAACAAGAGAUUGCGCCAGAUUAAUUUUUUAACCAACAAUUAAUCUGCAGUUUAUUUAAUCAAUUAAUCAACUAAUCGUUUGUUGCAGAGAAAAAGCCAAUUUCAAAUUUUUUUGCUUGGGAAAAAUCAACUUGAGAGCGGCGUUGCUCUUCUCACGAGGGAAGUUCAGUACCGGCAGCUCUGAGUCAACGUUCGCCACAAGAACAAGAGUCUCACGCCCAUCGGACGCGUUCCGAUCUCAGCAUCAUCCAGACACCUGGACGCUCUGGAGACGUGACGGCGUCCAGCGACCUGCUCACUGAUUGGACACCUGAGUGUACAUAGUCGCCAUUUUCUCCACCUCCUGUCUCGCUAGAUGUUUUUUUCUUCUCCUCCAGAUUCAGGAGCAUCUAAGAGUUUGUUUGAUUUGUGUAACGUGGUAAAAGCUUUUUUUUCUGGGGGGGGGGUAACCGUGUGCCUGGGCGUCUUCCAUAGUGACGACAGUGACUUUAUUCUUUUAGAUGAGUUUUACCUGUUGAGCCCAUAGAUGGAGAAACCCCCUGUGUGUUCUGCUGCAUGAGCCUGUUCUGCACCAGCUCUGUGACUCGUGGGGACGCGUCCGGCGGUGGCUCUGGUUUAGUUCUUCUGUGUCUACAUUCAAAACCGUUGUUCCUUUUUCCUGCGAGAAAACAACAACAACAACAACAACAGCAGCUCACGGCUUCGUGUUUUCGGCUCAUGACUGACACAAGUGAUCACAAUAAAUAUAUAUGGAGAUGA